AAAAUUUGAAAUAUUUUUAAUGAUCUAAAUGCAAAGUGACGUCAGUGAUUAGUAGCAGCACUGAUUCUGAUGUAUUUAUUUUAUUUAUUUAUUUAUUUAUUGUAGUGUCAGAUUAAAACAAAUAAACAAACAACUCCCAUUAAAACCGCUGCACUUUGUGUUUUUUCACACAACCUUUCAACCCACCGGAUAAAAGACGUCGCUGAAAACCCGUCUCGCGUGUGUUUGCGUGAUUCUCGGCCCAGAGAGUUGCGGGUUUAAUUCCCGCAGUCUCCAGAUGUCGUUUCUAAUGUACAGUUAAGUAUUUAGGUUAUUUCUGUAUUUAGCUGCGGUGAUUGACAGCCCGGCGGACCAAUGGGGGCGUGGCUCGGCUGCUCUGCGGGGCUGUGAUUGGUUGGUUGGGGCGCGAGGGGCGGGGCUGAGAGAUCUUUCCGCAGAUCCAGCGGACAUCUGGAGCAGCCCUGCCCGGGAAUCAGACCCUCUCUCCCGGCCUGAGCUCCCCCCGCUCCCCGGUGGUCCAGACGCGGCUCCGCAGGGCGGAUCUCCCCCGAGACCGAGGCUUCUGCUCCGGAGGGACGCGCCGAGGAAACACGGAGACCCGGAGCAGGUGAUGGACGGAGCGGAUCCGACAGCCGAGCGUCUCUAGGCCCGUGUCUGGUCCUGGUGCUGCCUCUGGAUCCUGGUUCGUGCUCCGGUCUGGAUUAAAGAGCCCAGCCCGUCAGCCCGGUCCUUCUGCUCCAGGUGCUGGUUUCGAUAAACGGUCCAGAUCCAGAGUUUUUGCAUCCUCUCCUCCUCCUCCUCCUCCUCCUCCUCCUCCUCCUCCUCCUCCUCCUCCUGGUCUGGAUUAGAGCCCAUCAGGAUCAUGAAUCAUCCGGCUCUGCUGCUCUAAUCUGGGUUUUACCGAGCCGGAUUUACAUCUCAGAUCUGAUCUGGGUUACUCUGCUCCUGGUUCCGAUCGGGUCCCGGUCCUUCCCGGUGCUGGUCCUGCCGUCGUCAUGCCGACGUCCCGGCCUGGUUCGGAGCCGGUGGAGUUCUGGGUGGACGGGUCGAGACGGGACGGGACGGUGGAGGAGUUCUACACGCUGAGCGCCGAGCUGGGCAGAGGAGCCACGUCCAUCGUUUACCGCUGUGAGGAGAAACAGACCCAGAAACCGUUCGCCGUCAAAGUCCUGAAGAAAACGAUCGACAAGAAAAUAGUUCGUACGGAAAUCGGCGUCCUGCUGCGUCUGUCCCACCCGAACAUCAUCCAGCUGAAGGAAAUCUUCGAGACGGACACGGACAUCGCGCUGGUCCUGGAGCUGGUGACCGGAGGAGAACUGUUUGACCGGAUCGUGGAGCGAGGUUACUACAGCGAGAGGGACGCGGCCCACGUCAUCAAGCAGAUCCUGGAGGCCGUGGCGUAUCUGCAUGAGAACGGCGUCGUUCAUCGUGACCUGAAACCAGAGAACCUGCUGUACGCCGACCUGUCGCUGGACGCCCCCCUGAAGAUAGCUGACUUUGGUCUUUCUAAGAUCGUUGAUGACCAGGUCACUAUGAAGACCGUCUGUGGUACUCCCGGAUACUGCGCUCCAGAGAUCCUGAGGGGAAACGCCUACGGGCCUGAAGUGGACAUGUGGUCAGUGGGCGUCAUCCUCUACAUCCUACUCUGUGGGUUCGAACCAUUCUUCGACCCGAGGGGGGAUCAGUACAUGUACAGUCGCAUCCUCAACUGCGACUACGAGUUUGUGUCUCCGUGGUGGGACGAGGUCUCCCUCAACGCCAAGGACCUGGUCAGUAAGCUGAUCGUCCUCGACCCUCAUAAGCGCCUGAGUGUCCGGGAGGCCCUGCAGCACCCCUGGGUUCUGGGUAAGGCGGCCCGGUUCUCCCACAUGGACACCACCCAGAGGAAACUGCAAGAGUUCAACGCCCGGCGCAAACUUAAGGCUGCCAUGAAGGCCGUCGUGGCCACCAGUCGGAUGCACGAGGGCUCACGGCGUCGCACCGACAGCUGUGAGAUUCCAGGUUCAGGGACUUCACGGCAGAGCAGCAUGCAACAGGACCCGCCUCCCGAAUCUACAGGCCCCGCCCCCACAGACACGAAGGCUCCACCCCCGGACCAGCAGAUGCCACAGGAAGCUGAAACCAAGCCCGCCGUCCAAAGUGCCCUCAGCCCCUCCCCUCCAUCCAGCCCCAAACUGCCCAUCUGUGAUGUCACAGCCAAAGGCCCCGCCCCCACCAGACCUCCGUUGCGUGCCGAUGGGCUGCGACAGAUGUCCGUUAUUCCCAAAACCAUGCUGGUCCAACCCCGGCUGCCUCAGAAGAGCUGCUCCGUCAUAGAGCCCACCACCAAGGACGAGGCCACGCCCCCGCUAGGCACGCCCCCGAAUCCGAACAACCUCAGCAACGGCUUCACGUCAGGGGCGGAGCCUAGCACGUGGAGGCUGGAGAUUCGUCAAAAAGCAAAGACUAGAGCACGACCCUGGUCCUGCUGCUGUGGUAAGAAAAACAACAUUUAAAUACUUUAGACAAUAGUAAAAGAUAUUGUUUAAGUACGAGCGGCCAGGAGGUGUGUUAGCAAUGUGCUAGUUAGCAAUAUGCUAGUUUUCUGGCUUCCAACUCAACAUUAUGGUGGAUUUGGUUUUUGGUAGAUGACUUGUGUGACAUUAAAGUUUAAUAAUAAUUGUAAUAUACAAAUUUAGCUAACUGACCGUUAGCGAGCCGACUAGCUUGGAAGCUGAGACAUGCUAGCAGUUAGUUCAUCUGUGACAGUUCUUCACCAACUAGCCUUGAAUUAUUUCCCGCGCCAACAUGCUCAUUGUCUUUCUUACCACAGAAAUGAACUAAACCUGAACCAUUAAAUCUGGUCUCAGAUAAUCUCAUUAACGCCUCAGUUUGUCUGAGCAUCUGGUGAAACAGCAUUUAUUUAAAACACUUGUCAUGUAGAAGUUUAAAGAGUCCAAACUAAAGCGGUGGAUUAGCUUCAGUAAAAUAACGAAUGUAGUCCCUGUCCCAGAGGACGGAUUCUUCCUGUUCCUGCUCGAUGACAUUUAAUCUUGUUCCGAUGUUGAUGUCAGAUGGAAAAGGUUCAGUUUAGUUGAUGGAUUCUCUACAAUCAGAACAAGUGGAUCUGUUUCUGCAGAAGAACCGAGUUCUUCCUUUGAGCUGGAACUGUUCCUCAUUCAGUUCAUUUAAGGACCAGGAGAAUAUUCAUUAACGAAACGUUCACAUGCAAAUCACCGUCGUGUGAGUGCGUUCAGUUUAACUUUGAAAAGACGAAACAUCUUUAGUUGUGGGCGGAGGGAUACGCUGAUGUUAGUCAGAAAGUAGUUCCAGAUGAACGCACGAACAUGAGGCUGAAAUCUGAGCUUUUCUGCUCAAAAACAAAAUGUUUCCUUUAAGUCCCGGUCGGGACAAACAGACGUCUUCUUCUUCAGAAGGUGGACUUUUCCUGGGACGCUGAGGACGGAGCUGAUUGAUUGUAUUUUAAUAAACACUGGACGGACUUCAGACUUUGAGAGGAGAGACGGGAGGUUUUUAUCCUUUCUACUCUUUGCCGUGACCCCGCUGACCUGAUGGUAGAUUAGCGUAGCUCCGCUGUGUAGCGUUCAGGUGAGUAGUGACUUGUGGUGUUUGUGACCUUCCAGUGAAACGUUGUUUGGUUUACAGCAGCGACGCUCCUGUUUGCACUGUACAUACAGUAGUUUGGUUUUAGACACGUUAUUCCACCAGAUCCCCCAAAAAAAUACAACACCAGAUUUAAUCUCGUUGAAAAUCAUCUGAUCUGAAACCACACGUUCUACCUCUUUCUGUACAGGAGCUUCCACAUCCAGUCAAACAGAAAGAAAGUAACAAGACGACGACACAACAACAACAACAACACUGACACAACACAGAGAAACAGUCAUUACCCACCGCACUGAAUGACCUUUAAGUUAGAGACACAUGAAACCUGACAGGUCUGUGCACUUUCUGGUAUUUAAAGCUUGUUUUUAGAAUUUAAAGUCUGAUUUGAUUUUUAAUUUAAAAACUAAAAAUAUGGAAGUAAAUUUACCUUUGGUUGAGACGUAAAUGAGAAACCAGGGGAAAUAUCUGUAGACAAAGAAUAAUAAUAAUAAUAAUAAUAAUAAGAAGAAGAAGAAGAAGAAGAAGAAGAAGAAGAAGAGGUUUCCAUCAGUCUGUCAAGGUUCUGUCUGUCUUUUAUUUUGUGAUCAUGUUUUGUGUUUCCUGUUUUACUUUGUCAUGUGUCUUCGUUUCCUGCCUGUGUUUCCUCGUGUUUCUGUCUGUGUCGUGUUUUGUGUUUCCUGUUUUAUUUUGUUAAGUUUCAGGUUUCCUGUCUGUUUCCUCGUGUCCUUUGAUUGUUAAUUGGUUUCUGUUGGUGUCAUUGCUCUGAUCUGUUUUGUCAUUUCUCAGCCCUCGUGUCUUUAUGGUCCUGCCUUCCCUUCGUUCCUGGUCUGAUCGUUGAUGUUACUUUCUCCACGUCACGUUAUGAUUCUUUUGGAUUUUCUUAUUAAAUAUCCCUUUUUCCUUGGAUUCCUUCCUGCCUCAUUUGUCCUGCAUUCGAGUCCUCACCUCCUACUAACCCAAACCCAAACCCAAACCCCGACACAGUCAAUGAUUUCAGAUGUUUUCUGUUGGUCUAAACGCAGCAGAGAGACCUGAGGCCUGUAUCAGGAAGUAGCUCAACUGAUCCAGCUGAGCUGAUCCAGAACAGUGAUGAUCUGGAUCAGUGGCAUCAUGACGCUGGUCAUCAGCUCAGUAACUGAACCAGGUUUGUGUUGUUGUGGGUUCUAAGGCAGCAGAACCAUCACAACCGUGAGGCUGAUCCACAAACACUGAUUCUCCUCAGAUAUGAAGGAGAAAAGUCAAACACAUCAAAGAGACGCCAUAAGACAAAGGACUGCAGAUUAAAUACCUGUGUAAACUACACAUCAGUGUUUCAGUUAGUUUAGAUUUAAUGAAGCCAUGAAGCUGCAGAGAUGGAUCAGAUGUGACCCCUCUGGAGUAAAAAGAUAAACCAUCAUUCUAUCAUGUUACCUGGGCGACAAUAAAGCUGUGACAUCACAUCAUAUAUGAAUGAAAUGAUGCUGAUUCUGAGCUGUGUUUGAGCUCAGCGGGGGUUUGUCCCAGCUGAUUGGCCGGUGGGCGGAGCCUUUUAUUGGAUUUAGGUAGAUUCUGAAAGUUACCCUGACCUGAAGCAGGUCAGCUGUUCAGAGUAAGUUACCAUGGUAACGUAGCUCCAUGAGAAUGAAUCCAGAAACUCAGAGUUAACCCUGAAGUUUCCUCCAUAAGUCUGUGAUCCUGCUCCGUGAUACAGGCCUCAGGCCUCAGGUCCAGUGUUAAGAUACAACAUGAAGACUGAGAUUAACUUUAAACACAAUAAAAGAAAAGUUUGGAUUUAAAACUAAAAAUCUAGCAACAGUUGUUUUUCCUUUGUUUUGUCUGGUUUAUAAGCAAACUUGAAAUAACCAAAAGAUGCACAGACCUGAUAAACCCUCUGACCAAUCAGAGACAUUUAAACCAAUCAGGUGACGUGAAGCCCCGCCCCCAAACACUCUGAUUUCUAUGUGGUUGUUCUGAGCUCAGAGGAGCUGAAUCUGGUUGAGGAGACAAACCUAAAGGAGACGGACUGAACAGCUGAACCUCCUCUGGUCGUUUUUAGUCCCUGACUCUGAAAAGCAAAGACGUCCGUUAGCGAAGGGCUUUUCUGUUUAAAGAGGAAUCAAACCUGCAAACUGCUGUUUUAAAGGAGACGAGAUUCAAACCACGUGAUCUUCCAGGACUAAAGUCGAUUCACUCACCGAAAGUCAGACCACAUCAGUGUGACAGCUGAUCCAUGCAGUAUAGCUGAUCCUCAGCUGAUCCUCCUCCAUCAGCUGAUCCUCCUCCAUCAGCUGAUCUUUCUCCAUCAGCUGAUCCUCAGCUGAUCCUCCUCCAUCAGCUGAUCCUUUUCCAUCAGCUGAUCCUCCGGGAUUUUAUUUAAAUUGUGACAUGGCAGAAACAAUCCCACCGUUGAGAGAAUCAAUGACUUUAUUCGGUGAAUCCGUCCGUUUUCUGACGUUGAUCAGUUAAUUGAUUUGAAGACCAUCAUUAAACCCGCCCCCCCCUUGUAAUUGGUUCAGUCCCGUGUCAGUUUGUGGUUUUCGGUUCCUCUUUAAAUCAUUGUAUCAAACUAACCCCACUGGAUAAGCAGCAUGGAUAUUGUAUGUUUUAUUUACUUCUAUACUCUUCUGUAAAAACAUGAGUAUUUUCUUCUAUUUACUCGUCCCGGCGGAAACCGCGGGGCUAAUCUGUAAAUGGUGUUUGUUUUGUGUUUGAUGAGUAACUCGUAGCUUUUUUUUUAUCUGGGACACAUGACAUGACGAGUAUCUCUGCAUGUAUUAUUUAACUUCCUUUAAUCAUAUCAGACAUAAGAACGAUCUGAGUUCAGCCUCGAUGAACCGCAGGAUGUUGCAUCAUCCAGUAAAAGAUUAGCUGGUAGAAAAAUAAAACUCCUCGCUUCUGGG